AUUACACUUGCUUAUAUUUGAAGAGCUGGUGCAGUGUUGCAAUUUAAAGUUCAGUGCGGCAGUACUGCUAGUGUUCUCGGCACCGUUGAAGACAGCCGAAAUCUUGCCGAUUGUUCACGAGUUUUUAGAGUGAUCCGAUCCAAUCAGAAACUACCGAUGGAUUUAUUGUUCAAGGAUCUCGCGCAAGAACAGAUCCAGUACCAACCCUGCUACCAUCCCGGCAAAUCCUGUUCGGAUCCCCGGAGCAAAUGCCUGUGCCGCAGUAAUGACGGUGCUAUCAGCAAACUGUGUUACGAUGCGUGUGGAUGCGCCAUGGACUGCUUGUACCGCCGCUCACAUCCCUGUUGGCGGGGCUGUGCACCGGGCAGACGACAAGCCAAAUGCAAGUGCCUGGAACUGAAGUACGUCUGCGACAUCUGCGAUGUCUUUGCAGACUUUGGCCAGAAGAAGGUGACCAAGUGCGGUCCAUCCACGGUGUCCGGCAUGGGCACGUUCAUCAUGGAGAAUGUCAAGGAAGGCGAAUUUAUUGGGGAGUACACCGGCGAACUAAUCAGUAUCGCUGAAGCUGGCGUGCGGGAACAGUCCGGCUAUCGGACCUACGGAUUCUCCCUCAAUCAGCACCUGGUGGUGGAUGCCAACCAUUUCGGGAAUAAGAUGCGCUUUGUCAAUCAUUCGGUGAAGAAUCAGAAUGUCGAGCCGCUCGUGGUGACGGUGCGUGGGCAGCAGCAGAUCGGGUAUUUUGCCAAGCGCAAUCUGAAAGCCGGCGAAGAGCUGUUCACACGCUACUACACUCCCGAGACCACAGACCAGGACUCGGAAUCCGACACGUAUAAUGGAAUGCGGGAUCAUGUCAAAGGCUUUAUCGACAAGGAGAUUACGGAAAAGGUGCCACGGACUCCGCGAUUGGUCCACGCGGACGCUCCACCGCCGAAGGAGCGGUUUGUCCCUUGGAGCAACCGAAGGAUUAGGAGUAUCAUCUAUCCGGAGGACGAAAUGGAUGAAGCGUCCCUGCAGGAGAUCGUUGACGCUGUUGCUGACUGCGUAGCUGUUAGCAACGUUCAAUGAUUCCGUGUAUCGUUGUCGUUUCUCGUUAGUUUGGAAUUUACACUAACCUUGGAUGCCUUGUUCCACAAGAUUGUUUUUCUUAAUAGUUAAAGUUUGACUGCCCUAGUAAAAACUAGUUCAUCGGUAUAUUGUCUUUUGAUGUGGGUGACUUAGUAUUCUUUUUAAUUGCUGCUCGUGCUCUAUUCCUUAUGACUCUUUUCGUGUUUUGGAAUUGUUGUGCUUAAGCUAAGGUUUUCUUGGAGAGCUAAGAUGCACAUACAUACGGACGUGCAUUGUUUAUAUAUUGUAUUGUUUGUAUUAUGGCCAGCGCUGUAGUGUUUU